GGGGCGGGGCGCAGGCGGCGGAGCCCGGGGAUCGCGCGCCCCGCGCCGGCGCUGCACUCGAGCCGUGGCCGCCAACCGCGCCGCUAAGUCGGGGCCGAAACUUCCCGGGGUCCCGCGCUCCAGGCCGGUGGCGGUGGCGGCGUCCGAACGGACGGCAGGGACGCCGCGUCUCCCCGGACCCCGAGCCCGCGCAGCCUGCGGCCGAGCCCGAGCUCCGGGCGCCCAGCGCCCCUCAGGGCGGACCCGGCACUCCCGGCGGGCAGGCUCCGGCCGCCGAUGAGGAGUGCGGGGCGGCUGCGCGAGCGGCCCGCGCGCUGAGCCGAGGCUGCCCCGUCCCGCGGCUGACCCGACGCCGCAGCCCCCGCAGGGAUCUCUACUUUGGAAGAUGUUGGUCCCAGGGCACUGGGAUGGGUUGAGACCAGUCAUGCCCAGUCUGCUGCUGCUGUUCGUGGCAGCUCUGCUCUCCAGCUGGGCGCAGCUGCUGACUGAUGCCAACUCCUGGUGGUCACUAGCUCUGAACCCGGUGCAGAGACCCGAGAUGUUCAUCAUUGGCGCUCAGCCCGUGUGCAGCCAACUUCCUGGGCUUUCCCCAGGCCAGAGAAAGCUGUGUCAGUUGUAUCAGGAGCACAUGUCCUACAUCGGGGAGGGAGCCAAGACGGGCAUCAGGGAGUGCCAGCACCAGUUCCGACACAGGCGGUGGAACUGCAGCACCGUGGACAACGUGUCUGUCUUUGGCAGAGUCAUGCAGAUAGGUAGCCGGGAGACUGCCUUCACAUAUGCGGUGAGCGCUGCUGGCGUGGUAAAUGCCAUCAGCCGAGCCUGCAGAGAAGGUGAGCUGUCCACCUGUGGCUGCAGCCGUGCCGUGAGGCCCAAGGACCUGCCACGAGACUGGCUGUGGGGUGGCUGUGGAGACAAUGUGGAGUAUGGCUACCGCUUUGCCAAGGAGUUUGUAGAUGCCCGAGAGCGUGAGAAGAACUUUGCCAAGGGAUCGGAGGAGCAGGGCCGAGCCCUCAUGAACUUACAGAACAACGAGGCUGGCCGCCGGGCUGUGUAUAAGAUGGCUGAUGUCGCCUGCAAAUGUCAUGGAGUCUCAGGGUCCUGCAGCCUCAAGACCUGCUGGCUCCAGCUGGCCGAGUUCCGCAAGGUGGGGGACCGCUUGAAAGAAAAGUAUGACAGUGCCGCAGCCAUGCGCAUCACCCGCCAGGGCAAGCUGGAGCUGGCCAACAGCCGCUUCAACCAGCCCACCCCAGAGGACCUGGUCUAUGUGGAUCCCAGCCCUGACUACUGCCUGCGUAAUGAGACCACAGGCUCUCUGGGCACCCAGGGUCGUCUCUGCAACAAGACCUCAGAGGGUAUGGAUGGCUGCGAGCUCAUGUGCUGUGGCCGCGGCUAUGACCGCUUCAAGAGCGUCCAGGUGGAGCGUUGCCACUGCAGGUUCCACUGGUGUUGCUUUGUCAGAUGCAAAAAAUGCACUGAGAUUGUGGACCAGUAUGUCUGUAAGUGACUGCACACGGGUCUCCAGCCCGCUCCUCUCCGCCUCACAAAAGUCUAUAUUAUAUAAAUCUAUCUAAAUAUAUUUUAUAUUUGUACAAAUGGAUGGAUGGAUGAUAAAUAAUCAAGAGAAGAAAGUGGAGAGGAGGAGUUUACAAGAUGCUGGCCCUCUGUGAGGACUGGACUUUGCUGGUAAUCUAUAGCCAGUGGGAGAGAAAUGGGCUUCUCCCUGUUUUCUGGCCAGGGCUCUUGGGACUUGGGCUUGAGAGUAUCUGUGCGCCAUAGCCUCCAGGAGAAAGGUAGGGAUUAGAUGAAGGAGAUGGACCUGUUUCACAUCUGCAGUCCUGUGGGGAAGAUGAAUGUCUAUGACCCUGGCCAGGAGACCCAGAGGCCCUGUGGAAAGACCUGAUAACCCCGAUGGUGGCCCAGGUCUUCCCCAAACAGAGACAGCUUUAGGAAGGGACUCUGUACUUGCUUCUUCUCUCAUCUGAGUACACAGUGCAGGAAAGUCUCCUUUCCCAAUAUUAGGGAGUGCUCUCAAGUCACUCUGACUGGUGACCAUACUAGAUCUGUGCCUCCCUAGACCCUAGCUCUGCCUUCUGAUGAGAACGUCACCAGCUCCUGCCUCAAGCUCCUGUGCCAAGAGAAAGAUGGCCACGACACCUGCAACAGCCAGGAAGACAUGGGGCAAACCUGAGUUUUGCCUGGGGACCAAGUGCCUGUUGCACAGGACAGGAAUCUGCUGUCACUCUGUCAAGACAGGGUAUGCUGGCAGGUCAGGUCAACUGCCUGUGUGACUGUCUUCUCUGCCUAUAUGUACAGCGUCCCUCUGACAUUAAAUACCGUUUUACUGAG